UUUUUUUUUUCAUUUUCUUUUGUUUCUGAUCUUGUUCUCUGAAUUGGGAUUCAUGUAUCUUUCCUAGUCCUUACUCCUACGUACUGAAAAGAUCCACCUUUUGCACUUUUGUUAAUGCGGAGUGGUGGUGGGACUCAGUUCAAGGCUUCAAGCACAUUAAAUGAGCUAUCGCCAUUUUGGUGAUUGAGUUCUUACUCCUCUUCUCUGCUUGGAAAUACAGGCAAAAACCUCAAGUAAAUUAUCUGAGGUCGGAGAAUGCCGCAGCCGCUUCACCGCGGUUUAUCUGGCGGACGGUUCGCCGAGAGUAGCCGCAAUUCCUGGAAUGAUUCUCAGAUGAAAGAUAGAACAGAGAAGGAAGAUGUGGAUAGGAAUCGUUCGCCUGGUCGGCAUACCCACCUGUCAUUGCGCUUCCUCACUAGUAUUGUUUUCCCUGACAAUCAUUCUUCAAAAUCGAGCUCGGCUGUUAAUGGCUUUGGAUCAGACCCGGCGUACUCUGGAGCUUCAAGAGCUCGGCAAAGCUUCGCCUUGUCAUUUCUCAAAUUCAGUCUGGUUCUGAUAAUGGUGUUUGCUCUUAUCGGGUCCGUUUGGUGGAUGAUCUUCAUCUCAACGUCAUCGAGAGGUAACGUCAUUCGGGGUUAUAGACGACUCCAAGAACAGCUGAUCACAGACCUCGCUGAUGUUGGAGUGCUCUCGCUCGGCCUGGCGAAGUUGAAAGAGGUGGAGUCAUGCCCUCAGGAGUAUGAGAAUUAUGUCCCAUGCUUCAACGUCUCUGAAACUGUGGAUUUGGGUUAUUCCGAUGGGAGCGAGUAUGAUCGGCAGUGCCCUCGUGGAUCCACCCGAGGUUGCUUGGUCCUCCCACCAAAGAAUUACAAAAUUCCUCUCCGGUGGCCGACCGGGAGGGAUGUCAUUUGGAUAGCCAAUGUGAAGAUCACUGCCCAAGAAAUCCUUUCCUCCGGAAUCGUGACCAAGAGAAUGAUGAUGUUAGAUGAAGAUCAGAUGUCCUUCCAUUCAGACUCUGGAAUUGUUGCUGGAGUUGAAGACUAUUCCCAUCAAAUAGCGGAAAUGAUCGGGCUGCGAAACGAAUAUAAUUUCAACCAGGCUGGUAUUAGAACUGUCUUAGAUAUAGGAUGUGGCUAUGGAAGUUUUGGAGCUCACCUCUUUUCAAAGCAGAUAUUGACAAUGUGUAUCGCAAAUUAUGAGGUAUCGGGCAGCCAAGUUCAACUAACUCUUGAAAGAGGCCUUCCUGCAAUGAUUGGUUCCUUUGCAUCAAAACAAUUGCCAUAUCCAUCUCUUUCCUUUGAUAUGUUGCAUUGUGCACAAUGUGGAGUCGACUGGGAGCAGAAAGAUGGUAUUUUCUUGGUUGAAGUUGAUAGAGUUUUGAGGCCUGGUGGUUACUUUGUCUGGAGUUCACCGCUAACAAACACUCAGAGGUCACUGCGUGACAAGGAGAAACAAAAGAAAUGGACGUUUGUUCGAGGUUUUGCAGAAAAUCUCUGCUGGGAGAUGUUAUCACAGCAAGAUGAAACUGUUGUCUGGAAAAAAACCAGUAAAAGAGACUGUUAUGAUUCUCGGACAUCUGGAGCUGGCCCUUCUGUUUGCAGCAAGGGCCAUGAUAUUGAAUCUCCAUACUACCGGCCUUUGGAAGCUUGCAUUGGGGGAACACGGAGCCAUCGAUGGAUACCUAUUGAAGAAAGAACAACCUGGCCUUCUCGGGUUAAUUUGAACUCAACAGAACUUGAAAUACACGAUGUGCAUUCAGAAGACUUUGCAGAGGAUGCCACAAAGUGGAACUCCAUCAUCCGCAAUUAUUGGUCUCUUCUCUCGCCUCUGAUAUUCUCAGACCACCCUAAAAGGCCCGGUGAUGAGGAUCCAUCCCCACCUUUCAACAUGAUCAGAAAUGUACUGGACAUGAAUGCGCAAUUUGGUGGCUUUAAUGCUGCUCUAUUGGAUUCUGGGAAAACUGUCUGGGUUAUGAAUGUGGUCCCCACAAGUGGUCCCAACUACCUCCCUCUAAUUCUCGAUAGGGGAUUUGUCGGUGUUCUACAUGACUGGUGUGAGGCAUUUCCAACAUAUCCUAGAACUUAUGAUAUGGUGCAUGCCCAAGGAUUAUUGUCACUUGAAGAUGGUCAGCAGCGCAGGUGUAACAUGCUCGAUUUAUUCUUGGAGAUGGAUCGCAUCCUUCGGCCAGAGGGUUGGGUCAUCCUACACGAUUCGGCUUCUGUAAUCGAAACGGCCAGAGCUCUUGUGUCCCAGCUGAGAUGGGAUGCACGUGUGGUGGAGAUGGAGAGCAAUAGUGAUGAGAGACUCCUAAUCUGCCAGAAGCCCUUCAUCAAGAAACAACAGAAAUAAAACACAGUUUUACCAAAUCCCGAGAAGGUAUAUAGUAUUCAUUAAAUUUCUGGAUUGUAGUUAUUUGUCAUAAAGAUCCGCCAAGGGAGAUAUUAGAAUUUACAAAAAAAAAAAAAAAAAGAAAAAAAAAAAAGAAGAAGAAGAAGAAGAAGAAAAGAAAAGAAAAAAGAAGCAAAGCAAAACAAAGAAAAGAAAAGAAAAGAAGAAGAUUGAGGUGGACACAACCACGAACACCUAUGGAACCGCAAGGCGUCCAUAGGGCCAUUGUAAUUACCCAAAUGCAGGGAUUAGAUUAUAGGGUGGUACGUAAUUUUCCAUGUCUUGUCAGUAUAAGAAUACAACAGUGCAGACGGCAAAAGCCGGUGGAUUGCUGGAUAAAACAAAUGAUGUUCCUGUACAUCGCAUGCAGGCUACUUCAUUUAUUUUUCUGUUAUUCUUCAACUUCUCUUUGGUAUUUCUAUUAUGUAGAUUGAUAUGUUCAUGGCAAUAAACUCUACAUGUUUUAGGUUCACAAAA